AUGCAUGUUUGGUCCUUUGAAAUAGGUCUUUUGGAGCAUUCUGGAGCAUAUGGACAUAAGGAGCAUGGAGGGACUUGGCACAUGGAAGCAGCUCAACUGGAUACGCAAAGGAAGAAGGGAGAAGCCAUCUUGAAGACCAGCUCGACCGUCUACUCGACCAACCGGUCGAGUUCCUCAACUCGACCGGCCAAGCUUCAACUCGAUCGAGCUGAGAAGUCAAAGUCAAACCCGAAAAAUGUUGCUUCCCCCUUGACUUUCCUUUGA